CACGCACCAUCAACUUUUUCAAGAAGUCUUUUCAACGUCAACGUUGCGCAAUGCAGUCACUCGUGCGGAUAUUCUCUAUCAAUCGACAAUGCCUCUCUACCCGUCCAACUUUGCUCGCACACAUCGGACUAGAGCGAACACAUUAUUCUACCUUGGCGGAAUCAUCAGCUACAAGACAAAGCAUUGCGAUCAAUGAAUUUGAAGAAGAAGUUGAAAAAGAACUUGCCAAAUUACCUGUCAAGCGAGCAGAAGAAGCUAGGCGGCAGAUCCGUAAUGAGCGAAGGGCUGAGCGAAGCGGACAAAGCCUGAGCAGACAAAACCCUUUAAUCAUUCCCUAUAUCGCACCUUACGAAGGACCUACCCCAGAUUCCUCUAAAGGCCUCUGGACACAUCUACGUGUAGGAUGGCGUAAGAACAUGUUAAAGGAAGCUUGGGGGCAGUGGCUUGGUUCAAGACAAUCGCGAAGGAGUGUGGACUCUGUCAUGUCGGCUUCUAACCGAUCGUGGCUGGCUGAUUUCAUGACCCAAGCCGAUGAAUCGGUUUUUCUAUAUCAUAAAACCCUUGCAUCCGGUGAAUUCGAAGACUCCCGUAUAGAAAGAUGUAUCCACCCUAACAUGAUCGAAAGUUUAAAACAGAAACGCAAUAAGUUAUUGGAAACUUUUAGUCCUAGUCAUUCAAUCUCAUGGAAAUUGCACUCAAAUAUAACUACGGAGGCGAACGGGAAAGGAAAGAAUCCACCUAAAGAGACAGAGAUGGAGAUCGUGACCAUGCGAGCUGCUCCGUUUGACAAGGGUGGAACUGUAGUACAGAUCGCAGUAAGGUUUCGAACAUAUCAAAGUCUAGAAGUUAGAGAUGAAUGUGGAUUAUUAGUGUCUGGGUCUCAUGAGAGUCCACAACUCGUCAUGGAGUAUUUUGUGUUUCAGAAAAGGAUGAGUAUGGUGAAUCAACCUUUCCUUUUAUUUCAACAGGUCUACGAAGAUCAAAAACCCGCUUGUCUUCCUGUAUGAGUGUAGAAUACAUAAAUACAUGUAUAUUGUGGCAAGGAAACUAGCUAAAAUUUCUUGGUCGAAAUACCCAUGUGGAAUCUCAAAAUCACUUUGCUCAUUGC